UUUAACUCCUUCUCAAUCCUACAUAAUGAAUACUAUAAAUGUUGAGGGUUCUCUCGACGAUUUCAACUUUCAAUUUUUUGAUAAGUACAAUCAGGUCUUAGAUACUAUGCCUUCUCCCCUGUUUUUCCAAAGUAAUGAUAAUAACUUGAAUCCCGGUUGUGUUGAAGAUUCCAUUUCCUUUCAACAGUUAUCAUUGUCAUCACCAUUUCAAGAAAAUCAAGAUUUUGCAACCUCCGCAAAUAAAAAUUUGAAUCAAAUACUUACGCCACCCCAAUAUCAACAUCCAAAAAGAUCUCCUUCUCCUCAGCCUAUACCUGCAAUCAAACCUCGAAAUAAUAGUACGGCAAUUGAUAUCUAUAAUCAUCAAAUUUCACCUAAAACUAAAACCUCCUUCAGCAAAUCAUCAAGACAACCAAUGAAACCCUCAGUUACAAUCGCAUCAGUUGACAACUACUCGCGGUUUCAAAGAACCCUUUCAUUACCUCUGAAUAGAAUGAGCGCUUCCAAAUCUAAAAAGAAAACAAUGGAUAAUAAUAAUCCUAAAGCUAAUCCUGGUAAAAGAAGAAGUGCCUCAGUGGCUAGUGUUAGCACUUUUAAAAAAAAUUCAUCUUCUGCUGCUGCUCCAUCAUCACCUAAAGCCAUUACUAAGAACUCAAAGUCAAAGUAUAGUACUUCCAAGUCUGUUUCUCCCCCUAUUGGCAAUGAUAGUCAUGAUAAGAAAGUUAGUAUUGAAAUUGAAGAUCCGAAAAAUAAAUCCUUCACUAGGCCAACAGCUAUGAUAAAAUCGGCUCCUUCGAUUCCAACCCUAUCUAGCUUCAAUUUGGAAAACCCUCUAAACGAACUCUCAUCAGAGAAUCCAUUAAAUAAUAUGUUCUCCAUGACAUUGGAAGACACUCUUUCAACCGAUUUCAUCGAAGAUGAAACUUCUUCCAUGAAGAAGAGAAAGUUAUCAAAUUUCUCUGAUGAUUUUGACUUUGGAUCUCCCCAAUUGAAUUACAUUGCAACUUCAAAUGAUUUUGAUCCAAAAUCGAAAUUUGCCUCGGAAACUUCCUUAUCUUCAUUUGAUUCAUUGCUAUCAUUAGGUUGCGAUGAACCAAGUAACUUCAUUGAUGCCGCUAUUCUUGAUAAUGAUCCAGCUUUUUACAAUCAUCAAAAUGCUGACUUUAAUGAACUCACAAAUAAUAUUUUCGAUUAGGUUGUUAUC